ACAGGCAACUAAAUAUUAGAAAUAACAUUUGUUUUUGCAAAUGGGUUUUUUAAUAAUUAUUCAUCCAUUAAUACGGUUUUUAUUGGGCAGCUGUUCAAUGUUUUUCCAGAAAAGUUGGAAUCAGGCUUUGAACAAUUUAAUCACACCCACAAAUCUUUAUUUUUCAGCCAACAUUAUGUCCUACGUCUUUGAGAGCUCUGUAGGGAACGCAUUGCAUAUGAGGAAGUGAAUUGCCGGAUCUAUUUUAGUGAAACACAUAUGAAAAGCAUGGCGGUGUUCAGAUAAGUUUUGUGUCCAUACGGAAGAGCUUUAAGAAUGAUAUUGUGGACGCAGUAGUUUAGGGUCAUGUUUUAUUAGCGCACAUUCUCAGCAUGCCCCGAGAUUACGUGAGCUUGUGAUACUUACAAGAACAACCACGGUGUACUUUAUCUGUAGUGGUUGAUUCACUAUGACGUUUGGAAUGUUGGUUUCUCAUACAAAAUCCAGGAGAUUUGUUUAUCGUUUGUUACAAUACUGCAACACCAUUUCCGUUGGUAAAUGUUUCUCAACGUCUUGUGCAUGGACUUCUCGAAAAAAGCCGAGUCAAUAUGGAACAGUGGAUACAGAGCGCUACUCUUCCCUCGUUAAGGCAGUUGUGUCCUCAAGAGUUAGCUACCAAACUCCUGACUCCCUUGAGGAGGAGGACAACACACUGUACGGGCCAAUUGUAAGAUCAAAAUCAUCUUCAAACAAACUUACGCCUGUUGUGCCGAAAAACUUUCACCCCCUUAUAAAGGAAGAAAAAACAAUGCUUUCUGAGGAAUGCGACCCAGGGAAGCCUGUCCGCCUGUCUCUUCCAAGAGGGUCGGAAAGAUCUGAUAUGCCUAGUGUUACUCGUAUUCUCCAACAAACCAUGUCCCCACAACAAUUGUUUUACCUGGAGAGAUGGAAAAGGAAGAUGAUGGCCGAGCUGGGAGAGGAAGGCUUCAAGGCAUACAGCGCAAACCUUUUCAAGCAGGGGAAAUUAUUUCAUGCUGUACUUGAGGAUGCACUUGCUCCUUCGGAGACCUCUAAUGAAGAAACUGAAUACAGUGAAGACACAGCUGGAUAUGUUGAAAGUAUCCAACACGUUCUCGAUGAUAUCAGUGAAGUCAGAGCCAUUGAGAGUGCAGUACAACACCAGGUUUUGAAAUAUGUGGGCAUAGUAGAUUGUGUGGCUAAGUACAGAGGGACACUGUGUGCAAUUGACUGGAAGACUUCAGAAAAAUCGAAGCCUUUUCUACACAACACAUAUGACAAUCCCAUCCAGGUUGCUGCAUAUGCUGGGGCCUUAAACAGUGAUGACAACUACAGUUACCAGAUAAAGAAUGGUCUGAUUGUGGUGGCCUACAAGGAUGGCUCACCCGCUCACCCCCACUUUCUUGACUUUGGAAAGGUUACACAGUAUUGGGAAAAAUGGCUGCUCCGACUUGAAAUUUACAUGGAGAAGAAGUAAAUAGCUUCCUCUACCUCAAAUGCACCUGUAUUCAUAAAUACCUGUGCUAUGGUAUGUACAUAAUGUAACUUUAGGUCUAUGGUUUUUAGUUAUUUUUCUAAAAAGUUAGUGUUCCAAGAUGAUACUAAUAUGUCCUCCCAGUAGUGUCAAUGGACAUGGAAUUGGUGAUAUAAUUAACAAGUAAUACCAUCAGAAAGUUCCAAAAAGUGAUCUUUAGGUGAGUCAAACAUGGCUAUGUAAUAUUGUUGGAGAAAACAGUAUGUUCAUUUUAUUUAUCAUACAAAUAAAGAACAUGGUACACA